AUGGUAAAGACGGAACUGAAGGGUGCGUACAUCGCAAGUAUACGUGAGGAAUACAAGACUCGUGGACAGGACAGUGUACUGAUGUCCGAGCAGCUGCGUGACAUCGUGCAGAGAGUCAACGGUGAGGCUGAGCAUUGUGGCAAAGUGCAAGAGAUAAAGGAAGCGUGUAAGAAGAACGACAGCAUGGCAUUGGAGAAGGCGCUAAAAGGAGUCGAAGGCGCACGGAAGGAAUUUAUCACGUAUUACCUUGAAGCACUGCGCAACACCGAAUUUUCAACGAUAGCUGAUAUCCGGACAAUCCUUCAACUUACCAGUGAGGAGGCCGUUAGAGUUGAAACUCGCAGAAAACAAGUGAAUGAUAUCCAGACAGCAUGCCAAAAUAACGACCCUGGACAGUUGGCCAAUGCUCUGAAAGUCUUUGCUAGUGUCAGGGAAGAUCUGAUAACGCAUUAUUUGAAAGCGCUGAAAAAAGCACAAAUUAUGACAAUCGAAGAUGUUCAAACAGUUAUUCUCCAU